AUGCAUAGUUUAGGCGGUAUUCUGUGUGUGGGCCUGAUGGUCGUGCUCCUGUCAGCAGGACCUGCUUAUGCUGGUGUUCGUGGUAGGCCACCAUUGUACCGCGAAACGGGUAAUUUGGAAAAUCCCACAGCUCGUUUGCAGCAACGUGCCGAAGAUUUAAAUUAUCGCCUGCCGAAUAACACCAUACCCCUACACUAUGAAGUCGAAUUCACCACCAAUGUCCAUGAUGGUACCAGGGAAUUUUCGGGUAUUGUUAAAAUUGAUAUAAAUGUGGUGGAACCAACGACAAGUGUGGUCCUGCAUGCCCGACAAUUAACCAUUAAAUCGGCUAAAAUUCAAAGUUCAACCUCGGCUAGUGAAGAUUUGAAUAUUGCCUUCGAAGAAGAACGUGAAUUUUUAACUUUGUCACGUAAAACUUCGGAGAAUUUCCCCAAGGAUAGCAAAUGGACAGUGACGGUGGAAUAUGAAGGUCUAUUGCGUCUCGAUAUGGGUGGUUUCUAUUUGUCCACCUAUACCGAUGAAAAUGGAGAGACGAGAUAUUUAGCUACCACCCAGUUCGAAAGUACCGAGGCCCGUCACGGUUUCCCCUGUUACGAUGAGCCCAGCAAGCGUGCCACAUUCACCAUUAUCAUCAAUCACAGUCCCACCUAUAACGCCAUCUCAAAUAUGCCUGUUAAUGAAGAGGCCACUACUGUCGGCAGAACAGUUUUCCAGCCCACACCCAUUAUGCCCAGUUAUUUAAUUGCCUACGUCAUAUCCGACUUCGAAUAUACCGAAGGUGUUUUGGGUGGUGUGCCGCAGCGCAUCUACUCGCGACCCAAUGCCAAACAUGAACAAGAAUGGGCUUUGGUUUCGGGUAUGCUGAUCGUGGAGCGUUUGGGUGAAUAUUUCAAUAUUCCAUAUAUGUUGCCGAAAUUGGAUCAAGCAGCUAUACCUGAUUUCUCUGCCGGUGCUAUGGAAAACUGGGGUUUGGCCACAUACCGUGAAGCGUAUUUGCUGUACAACAAGGAAACCUCAACCGUUGGCACUCAAACCUCCAUUGCCACAGUUAUUGCUCACGAAUUGGGUCACUUUUGGUUCGGUGAUUAUGUAGCCAUUAGAUGGUGGACUUAUACAUGGCUGAAGGAAGGUUUUGCCACCCUCUUCGAGUACAAAACUACAGAUGAUGCCUAUCCUGAAUGGGGUAUUUGGCAACAAUUCCACACCGAUUCUUAUCAAUCAGCUUUGGUAAAUGAUGCCAACAGUUCUCCCCGCCCCAUGACCCAUUAUGUGCAGACACCUUAUGAGGUUGAUAGUGUAUUCGAUUAUGUAUCAUAUGCCAAGGCCGGUUCCGUGUUGCACAUGUGGAAUCAUGCCUUGACCGAUCCAGUUUUCCGUAGAGGUUUACAGAACUAUUUGGUUGCCAGCCAAUAUGACAGUGCCGUUGAAGAACAACUUUUCACUGCCAUUCAAACAGCUGCCAAAGAAGAAAACUUCGUCCUACCCGCUGACAUCGAUGCUAUGAUGGGCUCUUGGUCACGUCAAGGUGGUUAUCCCGUGUUGACUGUCGAACGUAACUACGAAGAUGGCUCCUUUACCGUCAGUCAAAAGCAAUUCUUUAACGAUGAAAAAUUGCAAUCGGACAAAACUUGGUAUGUUCCCUUCAAUUAUGCCUCGAAAUCGAAAUCAGAUUUCCGUGAUACCAGAGCUACCAACUACUUGAUGAAGGUGCCCAGCGCAGAGGUCAAGGCCAAUUUGGGCAAGGAUGAAUGGUUGAUUUUGAACAAACAAUCCACUGGUUUCUAUCGUAUCAAUUACGAUGUGGAAAAUUGGCGUCUAAUUGCUGAGGGUCUGCGCGAAAAUCCUUACAGGAUUCAUCCACGCAAUCGUGCCCAGUUGAUGCAUGAUGCUUAUCGUUUCACGUUGUCUAACCGUUUGCCACAUUCCGUUCUCUUGGAUUUGUUCACCUAUUUACCGCAGGAAGAUCAAUAUGCUCCCUUGUCCACGGCCAAUGCUAUUAUCAAUGUCUAUAAUCGUUACUUGAACAGUGAUGCCAGAUAUUCGGAUUUCCAAAACUUCUUGGCCGAAAUGAUCGGUCCCGUCUAUGAAAAAAUUGGUGCCAAUGAUUUUGAUGCUGACCAACAUAUGCAGAAAUUCGCCCGCAGCUCGGUCAUCAAUAUGGCCUGUUUGGCUGGUGUCAGGAGCUGUCUCGUGGAUACCAACAAUAAAUUGAAGGAUUUAAUGGAACAGGGUACCCCCGUUGAACCCAAUGUUAAAACUCAAGUCUUCUGCCAUGGUCUUAGACAAUCCGCUGAUGAUGUGUUCCAAUACUAUUUCGGAACCCUUGAACAAUCCUCCGAUGCGACAUUCCGUCGCUUGCUCAUCAGUUCGUUGGGUUGCUCCCAAAACGAAAAGCAAUUGAAAUUCUAUUUGGAAAGUUCAAUUGAUCAAAACAACAAAUUGCUCACCGCUGAACGUACCACCAUUCUCAAUCCCGUUUACUCACGUGGAUCGGUCGGUUUGAUGGCCACUUUUGAUUUCCUCGAUGGACACUGGAAUGAAUAUGCCAAUUUGAAUGGAGGUUCUGGUAAACCUUUGGAUACUGCUUUGCGUGGUAUGUCCCAAUAUGUUAUGAACAGCGAACAAGAGAAACGUCUAUUGGCUUUGGUUGACAAAAUCAAGGGCACCGGCCAUGCCACCAGCAAUUUGGAGUCCGCGGUCAAGACAAACAUUGAAGCUAACAAUAAUUGGUUGAAUGCUAAUCGUGAUCCAUUGAUGGAUUGGUUCCAAGCCUAUUACACCAAGAGUGGUAGUGCUGCAAUUAGCGGUUCUACUAUGGCCAUUGGUACUCUUAUGAUGAUGAUUGUUUCUCGUUUAUUUUAG